AGCGAGUGGAUCAAGCCAAGAGCGACAGCAGGUGUCAUGGCGACCUAGAGGGAAAGCGAAGACUCCAAGAUAAAGCCAAACCCUUCCUCCCUUCCCUUCCUUCCUUCUGUCCCUCCCUUCCCUUCCCUUCUCUUCCUUCCCUCACACCACUGACACCCACCCACGACGCCUCCUCCCUCCUCCCACCUUUCCUUCUCCUCGUUCCUCCACCUUGGCGCGGCCCACAGGUGUGCAGGACUAAUUAAGGAAGGCCAAGGUGGAGGUGAGCCUUGGCCUGCCCCUCGUCCCGCCCCGAUGACGAUGGAAAGUCCCCACCGCCCGCUGAAGGAGAGUCCCCCGCCCUCCCCUGGUGACGAUAGCAAAGGAAGUGACUUCGUGGACAGCACCAGCGCCCUCUCUAAUCCCCUGCUGGUGUCGAGCGCGGGCGGUCUGAUGGUGACCAAUCCAGCCCUCUUCACCCACACCAUGCUGAGCGCGGCCCCCACGCUCCUGCUCGGCAACUCCCCAGUCCUCGGAAGUGACUGGAUGGGGCGCCUGAAGGAGCUCCAGGAGCGAGGGGGCCUAGCGGCGGCGGCGGCGGCGGCGGCAGCGGCGAGCAGCGGCAGCGACAUCGACAGCCGGGAACUGGACAACUCCCACCAGUACACCUCACGCAACACCGGGCAGCCCGUGGCCAUGGACCUGUGUGUGGUGUGUGGUGACCGGGCAUCAGGCCGUCACUACGGAGCCAUCAGCUGUGAAGGCUGCAAAGGCUUCUUUAAGAGGUCUAUUCGUAAACAACUUGGGUACACCUGCCGAGGGAACAAGACAUGUGAGGUGACCAAGCACCACCGCAACAGGUGCCAGUACUGCCGCCUGCAGAAGUGUCUGGCGAUGGGCAUGCGCAGCGACUGUAAGAACGAUACUAAGGAUUUGUACAAAACAGUCCAAUCAGAACGAAAACCAAAUAGUUUUUUGGGUGCUGGGGACCGACAAGACAAGGAAGAGAGUCCACCAAUAACUACCAAUCCAAUAUCUGGUUUUGAGUCUCCAACAUUGGCCUCCAGCAAGACCCCCGUGGUGGGCAAGGACAUCCCCUCCCAGCCCCCCACCAGUCUAGCUGAACUGCAUCUCCAAAUGGCUAAAGCCUUUGAAGGAGCUUUCAACAUGGAAUCCAAAGAGACAGGUAAAGAUUGGCAUGAAGCAAGUAAUGGUGAUGCAAGGCAAGAAGACGAUUCUCCUGCAGCAAACGGAGAUGGUGACAGACAUAUGAAUGAAAAACAAGUAAAACGGGCAAUAGAAAAUAUAGCAAAAUUAAAUGGGUCAGAAAAUGGUGACUGUGAGGACACUGAAAGCAACAGCACCUAUGAGCUGGAUGGCCCACUGCUGGCAGACAGCUUAGUACCAUUUAAUUUAACAGCCCCGUCCCCAAUGCCUGCCUACCUCAAUGUACAUUACAUCUGCGAGUCAGCAUCAAGAUUGCUGUUCCUUUCAAUUCACUGGGCUCGAAACAUCCCCUCCUUUCAGUGUCUCAGCCAAGAGUCACAAGUGGCACUGGUCCGAGGGUGCUGGUCAGAGCUGUUCACGCUGGGAAUGGCUCAGUGUAGCAGAAUCAUGUCCCUCAACACCAUCCUCACGGCCAUCGUGUCACACCUCACCCAAGCUGCUGCAACUGAGAAGCUCACACCCUCUCGGUUCAAGCAGGUUUCUGAGCACAUAAGUCGUCUACAAGAUUUUGUGACUGCCAUGACUAAACUUCAGCCAGAUGAACAUGAAUAUGCAUAUUUAAAAACUAUAGUGCUCUUCCAAUAUGAAAAUGUACUGAGUGGAAAGCGAAGCCAAAUAGAGAGGCUGCAGGAGAGAGCAGCUCAGGAGUUACGGCUUCACGUGGAUGAUACGUACCAAGACACACCCGAGAGAUUCACACGCCUCCUCCUUAAGCUGCCCACGCUCAAAGCUCUCCAGCCACAGGUUAUGGAAGAGCUGUUCUUUGCUGGUCUAAUAGGAAAUGUACAGAUAGACUCGGUAAUACCCUACAUAAUGAAAAUGGAAAUGUCUGAAUAGUCCAGUGAAAAUGAAUAGUAUGGAAUAGUUGGCCAAAGAAAAUAAAUAUUUCUUACAAUGUGGGAAAAAAAUUAGAGCUCAAUCAUAUGCAGGUAGGUGAUGGUGUGCAAUGAACUCUGAGGCAUACUACCAAUAAAAAGACGUUACCCAAAGCAGCAUAGUGGACCCUUGGUGAGUGAUGAACUUGGUAAUGGCCUGAGUCGUGGUUGUUUGAAGAAGACUACACACUCCCCGCAGAAAACCCGUGACUAAUUAUGUAAAGGCAUUGUUGUUGAUGGACUCCUCUCUGUGAAAGUGUGAAGCUGUGAGGGCAUCAACUUACACCUAUGAAGACUUACACAUUGGUUCUUUUACCAGUGAUAGACCUUAUUUUUGUGGGUUGAAUGUACACACCUCCAGCUUGACAAGUUUUCAUGUUUAUCUCCAGUGGAUCAGGGUAUUUUCAUAAGCAUUAUUUUAAGUAUGUUUGCAGUUGAUGUACAGAAUCUUUUUCAACACAUACAGCCUUUAACUCUGUAAUAAAUAAUGGCUGUUUUUAUCAAUACAGAAAUGUGAUUACAGGCCAGUUUCUGCCAUUGUUUCACUGUUUACAGAAAGUACAGACCAGAUAGACGAAUACCUAUGUUAAACAAGGCUGUGUGUCAAUGGAGCUUGUUUUUACUAGUAUGGGCGUAGAGAUAAGCUUUGUUGAGACUUGGUACAAGAGUUAGCAUUGUUGAUCUCACCACAGUAGUGCUGAUCAUAACAACUAUGGGCUUCCUUGAACUAUGGCAUGACCAGCAGCACACAAAGAUUGACGCUGGUGCAGAAAACUUACCCUAACUCCCUGGAUGUAAGUUGUGAUAUUAAGUCAACACAUGCUGGUCAGGCCAUCCAGUGUGGCCUGACAGGUGAUAAUUGUAACACAAACCUGAGGCACAAUAUUAAGGACUGAAUGUUUUUGUCAGCAAUUGAAAUAAGUUUGGUCACUAUUAUCAUCAGUCAUAUCACAAAACUAGAAGAUAGGGUCCAGAUAAUGAAAGCAAGAUUCUCCCCCCAAGCAAAGUUUGUAGAAUAGUUUAUUACUAAAAACUGGGCAUGAACCCAUUGAAAGUCAACUGCUUUAUAUACUUCUUUUCAUUUUGUUGACAAGGUGGGUAUUUGGGCAUAAGUUAUAGCUGAUGGAUAAAUUUGCUCCUUGAAAAUUCUGGCUUAAGUGUACAUUCUUUCAAGGUAUUUUUUUAAGCUGUCACACUGUACUUCCCACACCCCUAACACACCAAGCUAAACACAUUCAUCCAACAUAUUUGCAGGGAAAUAUUCAUCAGCAGUUAGAUAACACCCAAAGGAGUAAAACCUCAUCUUUUUACAUUACUGCAACUGCAAGCUUUUUAUUUUUUAUUUUGGUAAUAUAUUAAACUAUAAUAAGGAUUUAUUAUAUUGUAAUAUUCUGUAUAUAGGUUGGUGCUUCUAAUGGAUAUAAUUUCAUAUAUCUUUUUAAAGUGGCUAAGAUUUUUUAUUCAUUAUUGUAAGAUUUUGUCAGUAUUAUUUUGACAGUGGUGAAUUUAGUUUUAUAUAACAAAUUGGUACAGUCUGUUCUUGUGGCUAAGGCAGUAAUGCAUAGAACCUAUAUUCAGUUGUGGUCGAAGCUUUAUUUCCGUUAAUAUAAAGAUCUUUUGUUUCUUUUAAAUGGCAUGAAUGAUAUUUUUAUACAAUCCUAAAUUUUAACUUUUGAUACAAACUUACCUUUCUAAGGGAGUCAUGUGGCAGAAAACAUUAUGGUUACAUGAUUUUUUAAUACUAAAAAAGCUGCAUUGAGUGAACAAAUAAAGUUUUGACUUGUUAGUAAUUUAACAGUGUUAGCAUGAACACUUAUCUGGUAUGUACAGCAGUUACGUCUCUGCUCCUGAACAAACACAACUAUCCCUGAUAAUUACUCUAGUCUGGCCUUAUCAGAUAUGUUUGGCAUUAUAAUGUUGCUUUAGAUUAAUGUUAUCAUGCUUUCUUUAAUUUCCUCAGUAUGUGAAGUGAGUCAUACUGGGCAGUGUGGUGGGUGACCUUGGCAGUGUGUUGUACACAAUAUUUAGGACAGAAUCAACAGAGGUGGCCUACUAUUGUUGUAUAUAUUUGUUAAAUGGAACACUUGUUUCCAUUAUUGUUUACUGAUUUUUGUUCCAAAAUUUGGUGUUGAAAAAUAUUUUUUGUUAAUUUCCAUGAUGAGAACAUGUACCAGAUUAUUAACAAAAACAUUGCAAAUCAUCCAUUUGAAUGGAAGUGUUAACACAACUACUUUUGUAAUUCUUGAGCUUUACCUGACAUGUUUUAGGCUGUUUGUAAUUAGCCUACCAAAUGUACAUUUACUAAACUUUUUUUAUAUAUAUAAUACGAGCUGCCUCACAGCACAUUUUAAUGCAGAAUCACAGAGAUGAGAUUGAAAUACUUUAAUGUUUCACAAAACAUUAUACUGGUGAAUAUUGUGCACGUUGAGGUAAUAAUGUGAUCAGUCGCAGGAGCAGCAGUUUUUUGUGAAAUCUUAUUUAUCAAGAUUUGUCUUUGUUAUUUUAUAUUUUGUAAACACAACACUUUUAUAUUUAGGCAAUAACAGCAUCAACAUCUGAACAUGCACAGUUUGGAUGUUAUACAAUCAAAAAGGAAUCCAUUAUAUAUCAAAUACUAGAUUAAGUUUUCUAAAAAAAUAAGUGACAGCAGUGAUCCAAAAAUCUGGAUGAUUGACACUGAUGGGAAGAUUCAAAGACCAACUUUGCAAGAAUUGCUGAGUCUGCCGCAAGUUAGCUAUUCCCUGUCCAACAACAUGGUGAGAGAACAUCCUGGCACUUAAAUCAUGCAAGGUUCUUCCGUUAUAUUGAGUGAAUUAUCAAAAGUUAGACUUUCAUAAUGGAAAUGCCUUACAAAAUACAAAUCACAUUUUUGUAUAUGAAAGAUUCCUCAUAUUUUUGUAUGAAAUUUUGAAAAAUAUAAAAGUUUCAGCUGCUCAUCUACUAAUACACACGGAGCUUCUAAGUUGUGAAUCCUUGUCUCGUGGGCGAGGCGCGCCCUCGGCCUCCCGCCCCAACAAGUGAAUUUGAAAUGGACACAAAAAAUAUCUAAUAAUAAAAUGCAACCUAUAUUUUAUAUAAUUGAAAUAGGCAUUAAGGUUAUAUAAAAUUUUGAGUAGUGAUAUACAUUUUUGUGUCACUUUCAAAUCUUAAGCUAUUCUCAAAUUUUUCAUGGGAACCACCCUUGUAUAUAUCAUUUAAGAACAACAAUCAUCAAUCCUUUGUCUAUUUCAUUACUUCUCUAUGAUGUAAUUAUGUAUUUCUUAACAUAAAACAGAAAAGAUAAACUGUGUUUCUUUCUCAGUAAUGUAGCAUCAGCUGUGGCAGGAAACUAGUGUUUAAUUUUCAUUGGCUUCAGAUUUAACUUUUUUGUAGAUAGUGAAAAAUGGAAAAUACAAUAUGCCAUAGGUAUAUCAGAGGUCAUCUGGCACUAGGGUUGGACAGUGAGAAGCAGCAAGGUAAAGGAAAGAGACACUGAUUCAUGGAAGAAAGUCAUGGAGACAAAAAAAAUAAAAAAAUAAAAAAAAUGUUGGUGGGAACAAAAGAGCCAGAGUCAUGAGUAAAAGAACCAGAGAUGGGAAAGUGGAGAGCAGCAGGAGGGGCAUCUUAGUUGGAAGAGAAGAUGGGAGAGUCCAGGAGAGAUGAGGGAAUCCUGAGUCACACUGGAAGGCAAGGGGUGAUAAAGAAUAAACUUGUGGUGGAUGGGACAGGGAAGAAAGGAGGGAAGGGAAGUAUGGAGAGACUAAGGGAAAGAGGGAGUUGAGAAUUUAAAGAGAGUGGGAGGAGA